GACCAUCACAUGAGCCCAACCGCCUCCUACAUCCGUCCAGCAGAGACACUGGGGCCCCUGGUCUUUCAGCAUGAAUCGCCCUGAGAGGAGUGCCUUACUUUUCCUCCUUGUUUUUGCACCCAUAUAUCUACAUGGGACUUCAGUUCAGCAAGGCAGCCUAGUAGGACAAAGGAAACCUUUUUUUGAGAGGCUCCAUAGACUAGAAGAGCAGUUUCAAAGAUUCCAAGAGGUCACUCUGACACACCUGCAGGACAUUGCAAACAACUACAAUGUGUCCUACAAUGUCGAUGUCCGCUUCCGGAGGCUGACAGAAGAGAACCAGGCUGUGGCUCUGGCAUUCAACAGGUCACAGGCUGCCAUGCAGGUGGAUUUGUCCCACCUAAAGACUUGGAUGAGGAAGGCCAAACGCCAAGGUCGGAAGACAGAUGCAAGGCUGCAGGCCUUGGACCUUGCUCUGCAGGCAAAGAGUAAGCAGCAGGCUUGGGAGGAGAAGGGCCAGAAGGCACAGCAGGAUGUGAUCUCACGCCUGGCCCUGGAUGUGUCUGCUCUGCAGAACACACUGGCCCACCUGGUACAUCAGAUCCACAACCAGAGCACUGAACUAGAUGCUCUUGAAAAACAGCUGCAGGUGGGCAGCCCUGACACUGCAGCCUGGGGGCUGGUUCUGGCCCCAAACCAGCCUGCACAGCCAGGUCUGAGCUUACCAAAGCUGCAUCUGGAAAAGCAGGCACUCAGGCCUCCACUCAAACACAGGAAUCUACCACAGGAUCUCGCUGCCACUCUCCCGAGGACACAGAAAUCCCCAACCGUAAGCAACCAUUGGGCAUCUGCUGCAGCCCCAAGGGACCCUCCUCAGCUGGAAUGGCCUCCCCAGGGAGCAGGAAAAAUUUGCAACACAGGCCCUGUGUUCAUUUUCCCGAAUGUCUCCACUGAAAAUGUGGUCUUCUUCAGCCCUGGCUUUGUCAAGGGCCUACGAGCCCUGUCCUUCUGCAGCUGGAUCCGCAUGACCUCUGGCUACCUGGGCACCCUCCUCUCCUAUGCCACUGAAGAGAAUGACAACAAGUUGGUGCUGCAUGGCCGAGAUUCCCUGGUCCCUGGCUCCAUGCACUUUGUGAUUGGAGACCCAGCCUUCAGGGAGCUGUCCCUGCAGCCGCUGCUAGACAGCCAGUGGCACCACAUCUGUGUCAGCUGGACAUCCCUCCAAGGCAGGUACUGGCUUUAUGUGGACCGUAGGCUAGUUGCCACUGGCUCUCACUUCAGGGAGGAUUAUGAGAUUCCUCCUGGGGGAUCCCUUGUGCUGGGCCAGGAGCAAGACAGUGUAGGGGGUAGUUUUGACAGUGCUGAGGCCUUCGUGGGGAGCAUGUCUGGCUUGGCCAUCUGGGACCGGGUGCUGUGGCCUAGAGAAGUUGCAAACCUUGUCACUGGGAAAGAGCUCCCUAUAGGUGCCAUCCUAACUCUAGCCAAUGUCACAUCAGUAGGUGGAUUUGUACAGAGAACCAACUGUCCUUGCCUGGAGCAUUGUCCAUGAGGCCACACCCUGCAGGUCAGUGACAAGAGUGAGCCCCUCACCCUCCCCAUCAUCAUUGUCCUCAGCUAUGCAUGCACACCUGGACUCUAACAUAGGAGGUAGGAAGAGUCAAGGAAACAUCUGCAGUGAGAGAAGGGACCCCACGCAAGUUCAAGGUCCAUAGACUGCAUCCUCCCAUUUCUGCAGCAUUCUUUUUUUUUUUUUUCUUUUUUUAUGUAUUUAGUACAAGGUUUACAGGGUCUC